UUUAGCUUUAUGUUUAUUUUUUAUUAACUUUUUACGUAACGCGAUAUUUUUCAGUUCAGUUAUAAAUAAAGCGGUAAAGAAAUAUUUUUUUCAUUAUUAUCCACGUGUAUCAAAAACUUCACAUCAGUUUUGGGAUACCACGUCUAUUCUCCUUCAAUUUCUUGUUAACGUUAAUAAAAUUAUUUAUUAACAAAAUGACAAAUUGCAAAUCACUGUGCAUUUAUUUCACGAUUUUCUACAUUCUGUCAGUAUCCAUUAAAAAUGCAAUCUCUAUGGAUUCAGGCGAUGAUAAUGAAUCAGUCGGAGGAACAUCGUCUUCUGCUUCAGAUCUUGCGAUUUUAAAUAAUUUUCUUCAAAAAAUUAACAGCGGUGAACUUAAUGUUAUUAAAGCUACUCCUCUACCAGAUGUUCUGGAAAGUACAUCGAAACAUAUAGAUUCACCUAAAGUUGAAUUAAUGCCAGAUUCGGGACUUUGGUUGUAUCCAAACUUCUACAGACAUAUUAUGUAUUAUAUUAAUAAGGAGGGAGAAGUUUUCUAUGUUAUAUACAAAUUACUUGAGUAUAUUUUUGGUGAGGAGAAAUUACUAAAACUAACAACAGUAAGAAAACUGCCUCCUUUUGAAAAAAUACCUAUAGAUAUCAUUUCUACUAUGGCAGAAUUUUGUAAUAAAUAUGCGAGAAGGAAACGUACUCUAACUGAAUUCGAAGCCUCGAUAAACAGAGUUCUAGAAUGUUAUCAGGAGGAAGAAGAGUGCCGCCGACAGCUUCAGGCUGAUCCUCUGCCAAUUACGAAAAGUUCAUUGAAAACUUCCUCAAAAAAAGAAGUUUUGAUUGAUCCCAAUGCUGUUGAUGGUAUUGUUCAAAAUUCUUAUGGAAAUCCACGCAUAAUUUUGGAACAGUUACUGAUUCACAUUUUUGGUGAAGAUAAUUUAUGGAAACUGUCGAUAAAAGAAGAACCUCAUCCAUUUGAAACGAUACCUAGAAACACCAUGAUUACCAUGAUUGAUUUUACUGAUGAACAUGCGAGAUCUAAGAAAAAGUAUUUCGAAUACGUAGACAUGGUAAAAGAUAUAUUAAAUAAAUAUCGAACGAAGAAUGAAUAAGGCAAACAACAAUUUCUUCAGGAACAGAAAAUGUUCUUUUUCUCUUAUCUUAAAAAUAAUUGUUAAAUUUUAUUGUUAAUCUUAAAAUGAUAUUGUCCUUAAGAACUGCAAUGUAUAAAUGAUGGUAAUAAAUCUUAUUUUAUGAACCUCAA